AUGUCAGAUUUCUUCCGCAGGGCAUCUGACGCAUUCCACCAUCGCCAGCCAAAGCCUCCCGAGCAACAGCCGCUCAACCAAAACUCGCAGUCUGCUCAGCCUGAAUCUCAUGUAAAUGAGGCUAUUGCUGGUACAGCGAAUGAUAAUGUUGCCCAACCCAAGCAACACCGCCUUUGGGGAUGGGGACGCCACCAGGGAAACAAACCCGCGACAAAUCAGCAAGGUAGCCAGGCGAAAGAAGAUAUCGACUGGGUGGUUGGCACGUAG